UAUUACUUUUGUUGGUCAAUUAUUAUAAUUGUCAGAUUAUUUUUUUGUGAUAUUUCUAUUAAAACAAUUUCAUUAAAAAUGUCGAACAGUGUAAGUGGUACAUUUAACCUGCAAUUUGAAAACCAACUCAUUCAAGUCUCGCCGGAUGACCCUGGCAGUCCACUGUGGGACAUCACAGAAAAAGUCAUCAACAAUUAUUUGAGAGAUGGGUGUUAUAAGAGAUGCGCUCAGAUGUUAAUGGAAAACGCCGGUAUUUGGCAAAAAUUUGGCGACGACGCUUUUGUCGUUGUCAUUGUUAUGAUUGCAUUUUGUCGUGGCAAGUACAUCCGUACACAAGUUGGUACACUGUUGGGUGAAUUGGUCGAGGCCAAAGUUCUGGACAAAUCAACCGUAGUCAGAGGGGCUUAUAAAACGUUAGGAAACGUAAAAGCCGAAAAAAUGUUCCCGGACGCUGACGAAUUUGUCGAAGAGAUAAAGUCUGCAUUUAAAGCCGUUCGUCAAGUUCAUCAAGUUCGUUUUGCAAAACGUAAUGACGUGCAUUACUAUUACAAGUACGCUGUUAACUCUUUUAUGACGUCAUCUAUAUUAACUUAUUAAUUGCACGGUGAAUAUCCGAUGCUGAUAAACCAUUUAGUCUAGUGUCUGCUGUUAAGUUUCUCUGAGAUAUGUUUUGAUUUUUUUUUAAAGUUGAAAAUUACCUCUCCGCUUCACAAGAGGUCACGGGGAUAACGUUAAAAGAACU